AUGCAUGAUAACCAGCUUCAAGGAAAGUUUCCAAUGGUUUCGUCAAGAUCUAUCAUCCACUACGUGGACUACUCUCACAACUUUUUCAAUGGUUCAAUUCCACCAGAAAUGAGAAAUUAUCUCACAUAUUCGGUGUUUUUCUCAUUGUCCAACAAUCGCCUUGUAGGAGCUAUCCCUACAAGUAUUUGUGAUGCUCCAUUUCCCAAAGUCCUUGAUUUGUCAAACAACAAUUUGAACGACACAAUUCCAAGUUGUUUAGUAAACUACGAGGUGCUUAGUGUCUUAAUUUUGAAGGAAAAUAAGCUCAGUGGCAGCAUACCUGGUACAUUUCAUGGUUCCUGCUCGCUAAGGAAUCUUGAUUUCAGUGGGAACCGGUUACAGGGAAGGAUUCGAAAAUCUCUGCAGAACUGGCGAACAAGAAAAUCUCAGACAUCUUUCCUUGUUUCCUGGGUAGAUCUCUCCGACAACAAUCUCAGUGGUCCGAUCCCGCAACAAUUCUCUGGCUUAACAUUCCUUUCAGUUCUCAACCUAUCAAAUAACAAUCUAGCUGGAAGCAUCCCUACGUGUAGGCAGCUGCAGAUAUUUGACAAUACUUCAUACCAAGGUAAUCCAGGUUUAUGUGGUAGUCCAUUGGCUAAAACUUGUUCAGAUAGCGGUACCUCACGAGUCGGCGUCAACUACAUGAAAUCCGGUACAGGAAUUCAUGGAUCCCCUAAGUCUAGAAUUAGGAUUUACGUUUGGGUUAGGUGGUAUUAUUUUACCCGUGCUGCUCUGGCCAAGCUUCAGAAUUCAGUUUUGGCCGCAGAUUGA